AUGGCCUCCAAACAAAGCAAAAAGAAGGAAGUGCAUCGUAUCAGCUCGGCGCACGGAUCGGAUAAAUCUAAAGAUUACUAUCAUUUUAGCAGUAAUACACAACCUAGUUCUGUUGAACAAAAGAAGGGGAGAUUCCCAAUCUGGCCGGAGUGGAGUGAAGCCGACGUAAAUGCAGAAAAGUGGGAUGCGGGCAAAGGCGGGAAAGAGAAGGACAAAACAGGAAAAAGCCCGACACUUCAUUUUUUUGAAGACCCUGAAGGAAAAAUUGAGUUACCACCAUCACUAAAAAUUUAUUCCUGGAAACGUCCACAGGACAUUUUAGUUAGUCGGACUCCAGUGGUUGUGAAAAAUGAAAUCAUGUUUGACUUGUUUUCAGCAAAUGAACAUUUACUCUGCAGUGAGCUGAUGAGAUGGAUUAUCAGUGAAAUCUAUGCAGUGUGGAAGAUCUUCAAUGGAGGGAUUUUGAGCAAUUAUUUUAAAGGGACUUUAGGGGAACUGCCUCUUCUUCCCUGGAAGCCCUGGGAACACAUAUACUCUCUAUGCAAGGCUGUGAAGGGUCAUAUACCUUUGUUCAAUAGCUAUGGAAAGUAUGUUGUGAAGCUUUACUGGAUGGGUUGCUGGAGAAAGAUAACUAUUGAUGACUUUCUGCCUUUUGAUGAAGAUAACAAUCUAUUGCUUCCAGCCACAACCUAUGAAUUUGAACUCUGGCCAAUGCUUUUGUCUAAAGCUAUCAUUAAGCUGGCAAACGUUGAUAUCCAUGUAGCAGAGAGGAGAGAACUGGGAGAGUUCACAGUUAUUCAUGCACUCACCGGGUGGUUACCAGAAGUCAUUUCUCUUCACCCAGGAUAUAUGGACAAAGUCUGGGAGCUCUUAAAAGAAAUAUUGCCUGAGUUUAAGAUUUCCGAUGAGGCCGGCUCUGAAAGCAAAACAACAAUGAUGGAUGCCAAAUUAAAAGAACCAGGGAAAGAGGUGAAGAACGGCAAAGAAGGGAAGGAAGGAAAAGAAAUAAAAGAUGGAAAGGAAGUGAAAGAUGUGAAGGAAUCCAAAGCUGAAGGUUCCUUUACAACACUUAAAGUGCCCGAGAAAAGUGACAAAGUUUCAAAGGAGAAAGCAGACACAAAAGACAUUGGAAAGAAGAGAAGUAAAGAUGGAGAAAAGUUCAAAUUUUCACUUCAUGGUUCAAGACCCUCAUCAGAUGUGCAAUAUUCUAUGCAGUCCCUAUUAGAUUGUUCUUCAUCAAUACAAUCCCCUCAUAUGGUUGUAUAUGCUACCUUCACACCUCUCUAUUUGUUUGAAAACAAGAUAUUUUCACUAGAAAAGAUGGCAGAUUCUGCUGAGAAACUUAGAGAAUAUGGGCUUUCCCACAUCUGCAGCCAUCCUGUGCUGGUAACCAGAAGUAGGUCUUGUCCUCUGGUAGCACCGCCAAAGUCACCUCCAGUACCUCCCUGGAAACUCAUUCGUCAACAAAGAGAACCUGUCAUAACAGAUGAAGCUCAAGAAAUAAUAAUAAAGAAGCCUGAUCAGUUCCUUGAGAUCUCGAGUCCAUUUUUGAAUUAUAAGAUGACUCCAUUUACAAUUCCAACAGAAACGCAUUAUGUGAAUUCUUUUAUUAAAAAAGGGAUGUCUCCAGGAUCUGACUUACCUUCCCUCACUGAAGUUGAUGAAACUGCAACUUUUAGCCAGACGGACUUGAGUCAAGUAAUAGGAGCUGUAUCUCAGAGAGCUACUACUUCACAAGUUGUACUUGGAAAAGGUAAAGAUGAACAAACAGACCUUGGAUUAGGUGACGCCCAUCAGACUGAUGGAUUUUACUUGGAAAGAGAUUUGGUCAGCCAGACAACAGCAACACAGGAAAAAUCUCAGGAAGAACUCACAGCAACGAAUGAUAGUGUUUCUAAAGAAAUAUGGUUAGAUUUUGAAGACUUCUGUGUAUGCUUUCAAAAUAUAUAUAUUUUUCACAAGCCGAGUUCAUAUUGCCUUAACUUUCAAAAAUCAGAAUUUAAGUUCUCAGAAGAACGUGUGUCCUACUACCUAUUUGUGGAUAGUCUAAAACCUAUUGAACUACUGGUUAGCUUUUCUGCAUUGGUACGUUGGGGGGAAUAUGGAGCCUUAACAAAAAACAGCCCUUCCAUAGAACCUGGACUUCUAACAGCUGAAACCUUUUCUUGGAAAUCUCUGAAGUCACGCAAUCUUGUUCUGAAGAUUCACACAUAUGCUACCAAAGCUACAAUGGUUCGUCUGCCUGUUGGGAGACAUAUGCUGCUCUUCACUGCGUAUGCCCCAGUGGGACAUUCAAUACAAAUCUGCAGCAUGGUGACUUUUGUCUUUGGGGAUGAAGAUGUUGUGCUGCCCAACUUUGAGCAAGAAAGCAACCGAUUUACAGAGCAGUCACUGCUGAUUUUGAAAGCUGUUGGCAAUGUGAUUGCAAAUUUCAAAGAUAAAGGUAAACUUCCUGCAGCUCUGAGGGAUCUGCAAUCAGCUCUCUACCCUAUCCCACUCCACAAUAAGGAACUCACUGCACAGCACUUCAGGGUUUUUAGCAUUUCUUUAUGGCGUUUAAUGAGAAAAAUUCAAAUAACAAAGCCUUCUCCAAACUUCAGAUUUGCAUUCUGUGCUUUGGUUUUGGACAUGGAGUUACUUGAUUCCUCAUUGGAGGAGACCUCUUUAGUGGAAUGGGUGGACACUAAAUAUUGUAUACCAGAAAGUGAGAAAGAGUAUUCUCCUGAGGAAGUAGCAGCAGCAACUAAAAUCCAAGCGGUAUGGCGAGGGACUUUUGUUAGAUUACUUAUGAAAGCCAGAACACCAGACACAAAGGAAAAUAUCAGUGUUGCAGAUACUCUUCAAAAAGUUUGGGCGAUACUGGAACUGAAUUUAGAACAAUAUGCACUUUCUCUCUUAAGACUAAUGUUUAAAAGCAAGUGCAAGUCUAUGGAAUCUUAUCCAUGCUACCAAGAUGAAGAAACAAAGAUUGCCUUUGCUGACUAUACUGUCAACUAUCAAGAUCAGCCACCAAAUUCUUGGUUUAUAGUAUUCAGAGAAACAUUUUUGGUUCCUCAAGAUAUAAUUUUGUUCCCUAAAAUCUACAGUACACUUCCAGUCUGUAUUCUUCAUGUUGUUAAUAAUGACACAAUGGAACAAGUGCCCAAAGUGUUCCAAAAAGUGGUGCCAUAUCUUUAUACCAAGAAUAAGAAAGGAUACACAUUUGUAGCGGAAGCAUUUACUGGUGACACAUAUGUGUCAGCCUCACGAUGGAAACUACGCCUCAUUGGUUCUUAUACUCCACUUCCGUGCCUCUCUCGAGACUCUCCAUCAAAUAAUUUUAUAAUAAAGGAAAUCAAAGAUUACUACAUACCCAAUGAUAAGAAAAUUUUAUUCAGGUAUUCAGUGAAAGUUGCAAUUUCACAACCUGUUACAAUACAGGUACGUACGUCCAAACCAGAUGUAUUUAUCAAGCUGCAGGUCCUAGAAAAUGAAGAAACUAUGGCAAGCACCACUGGAAAAGGUCAGGCUAUCAUACCAGCAGUUAGUUUCUUGAGGAGUGAAAAAGCUUUGAGCUCCCAGUCAAGCAAGCAAGUUCUUUCAUUUCAUACUGCAUCCAAGAAAGAGCAGGAAGUGUAUGUUAAGAAGAAAUAUGUCCAGGGAAGCCAGAAAUUCAGUAGGGGUAGACCUGGAAAUGUCAUCCAGGACAUAGGUCUGCCUCUUCUGGAGGAGGAGAUUACUAGUACACCCAGCACAGAAGGAAGUUCUAGCACGCCUCAGCAGAGUUACAAGUAUAUCAUACAGUGUUCUGUGUUGUACAACAGUUGGCCGCUCACUGAAAGUCAGCUGACAUUUGUUCAAGCACUAAAAGACUUAGAGAAAAGUGAUACCAAAGCUCAUGGUGAGAAACAUGAGGAAUUAAUUACCUUAGGAAGCCCAGAUUCUCAUACUAUUAGUGAGGGACAAAAAUCUUCAGGAACUUCCAAAACAACCAGAAAAGGUAAAGAAAAGCCUUCUGAGAAAGAAAAGACAGCCAAAGAAAAACAAGCACCUCGCUUUGAGCUUCAGAUACCUACUCUUCACUCUCAACAAGAAGACCCAAACAAACCCUACUGGAUUUUGAGGCUUGUCAUUGAACACAAUGAAUCAGACUUUUUUGAAGUGAAAAAGGAUACAGAACGAGCAGAUGAAAUACGAGCCAUGAAGCAGGCCUGGGAGAUGACUGAGCCAGGAAGAGCAAUCAAGGCUUCUCAGGCCCGUUUGCAUUAUCUUAGCCGGUUCAUUAAGAAAACAUCUGAUGCAGAGAGUGUACCUGUGUCUGAAAGCCAAACUAAAACAGUGGAAGAAGUAGAAACGCCUGCAAGUGUUGUAAAAGAGCCAGAGUCAGAUUCUGCGGGUUCAGAGAGCAAAGAGCUGGCACAAAAAGGAUCAGGGAGUAUGGUGUGGAAAAGGUGGCAAUUGACCAAGGGCUUGAGGGAUCUGGCAAAAUCCAUGAGCAGUGAAAGUGGAGGAGCAUCCUCAUCUGGGAAGGAAAAGAGUGAGCAGAGCAUGAAGAAGGAAAAUAUUACUUAUGUCUUUUUUUUAAAAAAAACAGGGCCUCGUUUACGAUCCCCAACAAUUUUAGAAACAUCUCCAAGAGUUAUUCGAAAAGCACUAGAAUUUAUGGAUUUAAAUCAAUAUGUACGGAAAACAAGUAAUGAUCCUCAGCUGAAAACAGAAGAAUUGAGUCAGCAGCAGGCAAUGCAAAAGGCAGAAGAAAUUCACCAGUUUCGACAGUAUAGGAGUAGAGUCCAGAGCAUUAGAGACAUUGAACAAACAGAACGGUUAAAGUUAAAGGAGGAAGUCCUGAUUAUGUAUGAGGAAAUGCGGGACUCCUUAGAUGAAGCCCGACAGAAGAUCUUCAAUACCCGGGAAGAAUAUAGAAACAAGUUGCUGGAAGCUGAGCGCCUAAGGCUGGAAGUGCUGGCUGCUCAAGAAGCUGCAAUACAGGUAGAGACAGAAAAGACUCCUCCUGACACACAGAAAAAAAAGAAAGGAAAGAAAAAGUAACCAGCGGAUGCCCUAUACUCUCCUUCUUCUUGAGAGGAAAUAGCUAUUUUUAAUUAUCUAUAAUCGCAAGAUAUUAGACCAUUUGAAAAUAUUAGUUUUCCUAUCUUAGAAAUAUUUUUUAUGUUAACAUGUUAGUUUUCUUGGGAAACCUAGUAUUUGAAGUCAAUAGAGAAUUUUGAUAAAUUUUUCCCAAUAUUUAACAUGUAGUAGAAAUCUGUGUGUCAUACUCUGAAUUGUCUGAAUUUUUCAUUAG